AUGAAAAACAACCCGACAGCGGAGCAGAAGCGGAAGCUAAAGGGUGCCAAUUUUUGCGAUGUGAGAUGGUGCCCCAUGUGUGCAUGGCGUAAACAGCGGAAGUUUGCUGGUGAGCCCGAGUAUUUUAGUGGUAAGGGAUACAUCACCCAAGCCCGUUGGUCGGAGCUAUGGCAGAGGUGUUUGCGUGCUGAUUAUAUCCCUGUUGUUGACGUGAGAAAGAUCAAACCGAAGUCGGCAGAAUGGACAGCCCGAGACAGUGCGAUAUUUGAGACCCUGAAGUAUUUAGCCAAGCCUCAAGACAUUCGGAGCUUGUGCCAGAAAGACUUUGAGGAACUAGACCGCCAGACGAAGGGAACGAAGCAAUACACGCAGGGCGGAGUGCUGAAGGAUUUCAAGCCAGAAGAGAGCGAAGACUUUAGCCCCGAAGAGUGGAAAUUGAUCGCCGAAGAGUUUUAUCAGUGGCUAGGUAAAAAUUACAAACAGUUUUGA